UGGUGCUUAUGCUCAUCUCUAAUCUAAUCGUUUGGCGAGAGGAGAAAAAAGAAAGCAGCGUUCAGCGAAAGCAGAAGGUAACUAGAAGUGAUUAAAGCUACAAGUCUAAACAAUAACUACUCUUAAACUCUAAAGUAGUGGAAAACCCUUUCGGCCAAUUAUCAAAAUUAAACAUCGGCUUCCUGCCUGACUUGGCGUUUCUUUAACGUCCAUUACAAACAACAACUCCCCAGAAGAGGCAAACAAACAAAAAGCUUAUACAUGAUGUCGUCGGAUCAACAGUUCUUUUUAAAAUGGAACGAUUUUCAAACAAAUAUGGUGACCUCGUUCCGUCACUUGCGUGAUGAGAAGAGUUUCACAGAUGUAACACUCGCCUGUGAGGGCCAAACCUGCAAAGCCCACAAAAUGGUGCUAUCUGCCUGCAGUCCCUAUUUUAAGGCGCUUCUGGAGGAAAAUCCAUCAAAGCACCCGAUUAUUAUACUUAAGGACGUCUCCUAUAUACACCUCCAGGCUAUAUUAGAGUUCAUGUAUGCCGGCGAAGUGAAUGUAUCCCAAGAACAACUGCCAGCAUUUCUGAAGACCGCGGAUCGCCUUAAAGUGAAAGGCCUGGCAGAGACACCCAGUUCUAUAAAGCGGGAGGGUUGAUGAUGAGAUUUAUCAAAAUAACAAAUAAUUAACAAAGAAAGAAGAAAAAACAAAAACAUAAACAAAAAAAUCAACUUUAAGAAACUUAUAUGCAAACAACAAACAAAAAAAAAAAACAAAAUUCCAACCAGAGCAAAUGUGAAGAAGUUAAGGAUAAACAGAAACAAAACAAAACAUAAAAAACACAAUUUGACUUAAACAAAAACAAAAGGGAAAAGAGAAAGAUAUAAGUUCAACCUGUAAAGUUAUAUAAAAAAAAUGGUUACACAGCCGACGCCGACGCAUCUCUUCAACUACUCAAUUAAGACGACCCUUGAAAGAAAACACAAAAUGUUUUGCAAUUUAAUUUUCCUAAUAUUAAACCGUUUUAAUUUUCUGCAUAAAUAGUUUGUAAUAUAUUCUUAACAUAAAUACUAAAGAAAAACAAUCUGUAUAGAAAGAAGAGGGCAAAAGCUGUCGAUGGACUAAAUAACGAAAUACCCACAACAAAACAAGGAAACCCCACACCCAUCCCCCUCAACCCAAAAUCACUUUUGUAAAGUAAUUAAAAAAACAAAAACACAAACAAGAAUUCAUAUUCAUGAAAAAUAAUUAAAGAAAUAAAGAUAAUUAUAAAUAUAGUGUGAAAUGUGCAAGUAGAACUUUAAACAAAGAAGAUUAAACAAGAAAUGAGAGAGUAUCCGCUUGAGAAAUGGGCGAAAAAAUUAA